CCUCGGUCGACGGUCGGUCUCGGUCCACUCAUCCUUGGUUGGUCUCGGGCGCGCGCACGGCGCAACCCGACCGGACACGGGCGCGCACGGUCGUGCCGGACCAGACCCAGUUCUCUCCGCUCGCGUAGUUGUAUCCUCUUCCCCGACACAAGGCCCUAAUUGAUCGAGCACUCGCCCGGUCGGCGGUCGCCCCUUCGUCUUCCCGCCGCCGCCGCCGCCUAAUUUUGGAACUCCCCCGACCCGCCAUAGAACGCCGGGUGCUAAGACCCUAGGCAUCAUGGCGAUGAGCUCCGCCACAAUGGCGUCUUCUCUCCGAUGCUGCCCAUCAGCCGGCGCCUUGCUCCGCCGGCCAGUGGGGACGCGGCCCGGCCCCGAUAGGGUUAGCGCUGGCCUUCUUCGAUGCAGCAAGCGUGGCAAUGGAGUCGUUGGCUUGAGGUUGUCCUGCGCGGCCGCGUCUCCCGCUUCUGGCUGCUCGGAAGCCCUGCCGCCAUAUCCUGCUCCAGGCUCGUACACACUGCCCGGAUCGCCGUGGUGGGCGGAGAACUUGUCCGAAGAAGACGCCACGUAUUUUUCUCUCGCGGAUUCCGACCCCCCUGGGAAGGGCCGGGAGGAGAUGGACGCUAUAUGGCAUGCUCUUGUGUCCGGCCCCCUCGAACCCGUCUUCCGCGUGCUGCGGGAGAUCGGCGCCGCCGGCAACCUCUUCCGCUGCCGCAGUUUCCACAUCGGCAUCCUCUCCGGUGCUUUGUUAGUUAUCGCCGGUUUUAGCCAACUAUGCAACAUGACACCAUUCCUUUUCGUGGACAUUGUUCUUGGAUAUAUGUUCUACAAGCUAAGCAUCUUAGCAGCAGAGUUGCAAAGGAACGGCAGGGCAAAUAACAUAUGUGCACGGAUACAACUAGUUCUGUUAUUUGUUUUGUCUUUCAAGGAUAGCCGUGGUUAUCAGGGCACGUACGGCGUCCUUGCAGGAUUGAUCUGGUUCCUUAAUGUCCAACUAUACUUCCGAACCGUCUACUAUGAGAUGGUUGGCACCAACUAUAUCCGACUCUUCUGGCUUGGGGUUUACAGAAUAUUGCAAAGCAAAGGUGGUCUUAUAAAAGUGGCAAAGGGUCUCAUUAUGUAUGGAUGCAAAUGGAAAAAAGAAAACUAGAACAACAUAAUUAAGUUAUAGUCGUUUGGUUUGGUUUGCUGGUGGCACUAUUCACAGAUUCACUGGAAUCACUCAUUGUAAUCUAUUUUCUAUUUUAGAUGGUAACUAGUAUUCUGGUAGACUCAAUGACCCAAAUGUAAGGUUGGAUAUCUGAAUAUCUAAUAUGACCAUUUAAUGAAGAUAGCAUGCUAUAUAUGUUUUGCAGGAGUAA